CAGCACUGCCGGCAUGUGAUGGGUAGCUGGCAGGAAGCAGUCAGAUGUAAUGCACUUCCUUUCUAAAUGCUCAUUGCUUCUUGUUGCUGUCAGUCAUUGGGACCAGGAAGUGCUGGGACUGCUGCAUAGGAUUCAGACUCUUUAUGCUAAAAUACAGAGGAGAUGAAGAUGACCAUGCAGAGAGCUGUGAGCUCCACCUUGCAGUGCAGAUGGACAAACCACAACACCUAUCUGAGUUGCUGUGCCAGGACAGAUAUAAGAAGUAUAUUGAGAGCAGAAGUGGGUGGGGGGUCCCAGUAACUCCCCUCCGCCUGGCGGCUUCUCAGGGCUCUCUGGGGUGUGUGAAGAUACUUCUAGCCAAUGGAGCAGAGGUGGACUGCUUAGAUGUUAAAGCACAGACUCCACUCUUUGCAGCUGUGAGUGCUGGGCACUUUGAGUGUGUGAGGGCAUUAUUAAAAGCUGGUGCCAACCCCUGUGGCAGUCCUUAUAAUAACUGCUCCCCUGUGCUGACAGCAUCUCGGGAGGGUCGAGUCAAAAUUUUGGAGGAACUUCUGGAUUAUGGUGCAGAUACUAAUAUUAGAUCAAAGAAAACACCAAGGAGGGCAUUAUCUAGUACAGGAUGUAGCGGACCCUUAUACCUUGCUGCUGUGUAUGGCCACUUGGAAUGCUUCAGAACUCUUCUUCUUUAUGGAGCAGAACCUAAUUACAACUGUACAGACAAGGUUAUUUUAGGAAGAAUGAAGCACCCUGUGUCUGUGCUAGAGAUAUGUCUGAAGCAUGGCUGUGACCCAGAGUUUGUAAGUCUUCUCAUUGAUUUUGGAGCACAUAUAUAUCUACCCAACAUGCAUGCAUACCAGUCAUUGGCACUCCGCCAAGCCUUGGAGCUUCUACAGAGAGAAAAAGAAUAUCCCAGAUCCCUGAUGUCUCAGUGUCGUCUCUCCAUAAGAAGGCAGCUAAACCAAAUGGGAAGGUUACGUCUCAUUGAUCAGCUGAAGAUCCCACUAAGGAUAAUAAAAUACUUACAGCAUCAAACUGACUACUGCUGGGAAGAGACUGUCAGGGGUGAUAAGGAAUAUGUGGGCAACAAUACAUAAAAGAAACGUUUUUUAAAUAGUUAAGUUGUCCGAUCAUACAUAUAGGAAGAGGAGACUUGUUGACUUUUUUUCAACAAGAGAAAUAUAUUCAUAUGGGAUUUCCAACAUAGAAAUGUGCAGGCAUUUCAUUUUGUUGCAACUGUGCUAAAACAUCAGUCAUUUGACCGUUACGGUUCACGAAAAGUAAUUGGCCAAAGUCUUGUGACUGCUUUAUGGUACGGAAGGUUCACAUCGCAAAAUUCACAGCAAAAAAAACUCUGUAGCAGAAUCAGCAGCUGAAAACAGGUGGUUUUUGGUGGCAGAUUUGUAAGUCACUGGUAGUUUUAGUGGCGUUUCAAAAGGGUUUUUUAAAUGAGGUUUCUCUGAUUAUUCUGAGCUUAAUGGUCAUAUGGGCAGUGGUAUCAGUGAUUGCCAGCCUUCUCUGGAUGACUUGUGCAGAUAGAGAUAGAGAUACUUACUCAAAAGGGUUUUAACCUAACUUUCCCAGGACACCGAAAGCCAAAACUAUGACCCUUUUUGGGAGUAAGGAGAAGAAUUUAUUUAGGUAGUCUUAUUAUUUAGCAGUCCCAGUUACAGGUCCACAUAAUUUGUUACCCACCUUUCCUGGGAGCCUGAAUGACAAAUCUGUCUAGCUAUGCUACAGCAUGGAGGAUUAGUCACAGGAUUCUUACUUUCUGUGGGGCAGUGAUGGGGGGACAUAUGGGUUACAUAAAAUGUACAUAAUACUGCCCUCACACAUUAUGUGAAUCUAUCAUGUGGUACCAGAGCAACGUAAUCUGCUGUCACCAAUGCAGAUGUACAGUACUGUCACCCAACUCUUCCUGGACCCUGAACGCAGAGGUGGUCUAGCAAUAUGAAGGGAAUUCAUCAGUCUGGGGAAGCUGGGUAACAACCUCUGAAGAGAUGUAAUGAAGAUGCUUGGUAUAUACAUUCUACAUAUAUACUACACCAUAAGUAUAUGAGGACAUACUGUAUAUACUGUACUACAGUAUAUGUAGUUUGGCCUCCAGUAGGCAAAUCAAAUCAAGCUUCGUAUCAUAGAUCUGAAGUCGAUUUGUUCAAAAACGUUGCUGUUAAUGAUGUUUCCGUCCAGCAUUAAAGGGAGUCUGAGCGUUUAAAACCCCUCAGAUUGCAUCAUAGAAAGUUUGCCCCCAUCUCUUGUGUCUGUCUCUUGUAGAGAUCCUAAACAAAAUUACUUUAUAAAGUUAUGCAAGUUAGAUGUUGCAAGUGCCCAGGGAUGGAGUUACAGCCGCAAUUGCCCCGGCCCCCCAGCUAUGUGCCCAGAUAACAGCUUCCCUUGCAGUCCUCUGGCCCGCACUCCUCUCCUACUUUUUUUCCUCCUCCUCUGGCUUGGAGAUCUCGUGCGAGUGCUGGCCAGAGGAGGAGGACUGCAAGGGGAGCGGUUAUCUGGGCACAUAGAUGAGGGGCCUGGGCAUUCGCGGCCAUAACUCUGUCCCUGGGCACUUCUGACAGCUAAUUUGCAUAAUGUUAUAAAGUACUUUUUUUCAGGAUCUCUACGUAGGACAGAAACAAAAGAGGUACUAUUUUAAUGGGGGGCAAGCGUUCUUUAACACAAUCUGAGCAGUCUAAAAGUAGGUGACAGACUCCCUUUAAAAUGCAUUGGCUCAGUGUAGCCGAACUUUGUUUCACCCAAAGUUGCGCAGGACUUUGUUGAAUUACUACAGUAUACCUAUGUGCAUAUUGAAAAACAUUUUAAAAUAGGAAUUGGAAGUGUGCUUUGGUACUGAGGUAACAGCCAGUACCAAAGCCCACUUCGGAUUCCUAUUUUAAAAUGUUUUUAAAUACGCAGAUAGGAAUGCCGUAGUAACUUACCGAAGUCUCUUGCAACACUGGGAGAGAGGAAGUUUGGCUACAUUAAGCCAAUCCAAUUAAUUGAUGUAUGAAAACAGCAUUAAAAACAAAGUUGUUGAACAAAUCAACUUCUGAUCUAUGGUCCGAAGAUUGAUUCGCUAAAGCCUAGUCUCCAGCAUAUGUCCACAUGCUAGUCAGCUUACCAAUGCUGCUAAAAGGCACAUCUGUACAAUUAAGCAAUGAAGCACAGAAUUAUCACUGCAUAACUAGGAAGAGUAGCUAUUCAGCUGUAAGUACUAUAACUAGUAUCAUAUAUCUACUCUGGCUGGUAGUAUGUAGUGCUUUGCGCAAAGCAUCCAACUUGAAGGAGCUAGAGCAGUUUUGCAAGGAGAAAUGGGCAAAAAUCCCAGUGGUAAGAUGUGGCAAGCUCAUAAUAGAGACUUAUCCAAAGUGACUUGGAGCUGUGAUUGCAUCAA